GCAUCACAAGCACCUUUCCAUGCCACAAGCAGAGGUCGAGAACCCAGCUAAACAGAGCAACACCGUCAUGGCCCACUACAUGAAGCUGCUGAUUCUACUCCCUGCCCUUCUCCUCAUCGUCCAGGCGCAAGGGGCGAGGCCGGCGGCGAGCCCGAAGAAGUGCGCCGCGUCGAGCGUGACGGUGGAACAGAGCAACACUGGGGAGAAGGCCGGGUACGACCCGGUGUUCGUGGUGGCGGUGCGCAACACCUGCGGGUGCGCCGUCCGCGCCGUGUACCUCCGCUCCGAGGGCUUCGCCAGCUCCGUCGCCGUCGACCCGCGCCUAUUCCGCCGGGAAGGCCGCGACUACCUCGUCGGCAACGGCUGCCGGAUCGAGCCCAACUCGGCCGUGCGGUUCCGCUACGCCUGGGACCGCGCCUUCCGGAUGACGGCCGCCGCGGUGCACGACGACUGCUCCUGAUCGGUCUCCGGCGAUAGGAAGCUGCCAGUCCAAAGAGAUCCUCCUGCGCCGACGAGGCUGUAACGAGAUCGUUUACCUUUCCGGUCCCGCGGGAGAUACUCUCGUCUGACAGCAAACUCACUUGAUAGUAAUACACAUGUUUACGGUUUUAGUGUUUAUUAAGAAGCUGAUUAGUUUGGUGAAUCAUAGUACUAGUAGUUAAGUAUUAAGAGGUUAGUUUUGUAUGUGCAUGUGUUCAAGCAUCCAUGUACAAACCGGAAUCUAAGGAACAAAAAGGAUAAAGCGAGAGCAUCCAGCUUUCUGGUGCAGA